AUGCUUGUCUUGUUCAUUUUUACAUUUCUCAAGGUCGCAUCAGCGGAUCUCUCUCUUAAAGAUGUGGAUUACCUCAAUGAAUUGCCCCUGGAUAAAUUGAUAAGUCUGGAAUCUUCGCUGCAAGAGCUAGUGACGGCAAACUACGAUAAUGUGACGACCACACCUGCUUAUCACACAUUUGGCGCACAAGCUUUAGCCCUUAACGCGCCUAUAAAGAGAACCGAUUAUGAACUCAAGAAGGGUGGACAGAGCAAGCUGGGGACUUUGUUUUCCAUGUCGAUAACGACGCUGGCGUUUCUCGCGUUUGGUGGCUACUUACUGUGUCUCAUCGUGCAAGCUGUCAAGGCUAAGGAAUCUCAGAACACAACAACAGCGACCCCAGCCUUCUUCAUCAGCGCUGGAAUCAAGAAGAAACCUCAACCUCAGUUCUCGUCGUCUUACGGACGAAAGAGAAGGAAUGCCGAGUUGGCGAACUUUGUGGAUAUACCCCCGGAACAGCUCUUCGAUGCAAUGGUGCGGUUUUGUGAAGGAUAUGCCAAGUGGAGUCAAGCGGAUAAAGGUGGACACUAG